CUUCAUUCAUCAAAUCCAAACAAAGGUGUUCUUGACCCUACCACCCAUCCCAUGCCAACUUUUCCAAUUCAAUGCUUCUUUCUAGUUCUUCUCUGACAAUACACCCAAUCACAUACAUGCUACCUAGCUCAUGGACUCUCUCAAACUUCAAUCAUCAUCCUUUCACCCUCUUUUUCACUUCAACACCCUCACACCCACUUUAACUUCUUGUUCUCAUCAAUCUCAAUCUAAUAGUAAUUCUCAACCAAACCCAUCUUGGGUUUCUUUCCCUUUCACGCAUAUCAUCAAAAAGGUGGCAGCUUUAACAACCCACAAGAGUGUUUCCAAUGAAAACCAACAAGGGUGUUGCUGUUACUUGCAAAACGGAGGGUUGGGAGUGGCUUUAUUAAGCGUAACGGCUAACGCUAAGGUCAAGAUUAGUCCUUUUGUUGCUACAUUGGCUUCCAACCCAACUUUUGUUUCUGGGUUGUUUGCAUGGUUUGUGGCUCAAUCCAUCAAAGUUUUCUUGAAUUUUUGUAUGGAAAGAAAAUGGGAUUUGAGAUUGAUGUUUGCUUCUGGAGGAAUGCCUUCUUCUCAUUCUGCACUGUGUAGUGCUCUCACCACUUCUGUUGCUCUCUCUCAUGGUGUUGCUGAUUCUCUCUUUCCUGUUUCUUUGGGAUUUAGUCUUAUUGUCAUGUAUGAUGCUAUCGGUGUUAGAAGGCAUGCUGGUAUGCAAGCUCAGGUGCUUAAUAUGAUUGUGGCAGACAUGUUUCAAGGCCAUCCAAUUAGUGAAAGGAAGCUAAAGGAACUUCUUGGUCACACCCCAUCUCAAGUAUUUGCUGGUGCUCUGCUUGGUUGUUUAGUAGCUUGUUUAUGCUGUCAAGGUUGUGUUUUGGUGGGUUAGGUGAUUCUGUUAUGUUACACCUUUUUUGGAUCAAACUGUAUUGAAUACUGAUACAUGAUAGCAUACUAGUUGCUCUUGUAAUGUGAUUCAUAGCAACUUAAUGAUAGAUGAUAGCAUACUAGUUGCUCUUGGAA